AUGCGGUUGGCCUCUUUCCUCCUCGUUUCUUCGGUCGUUGUGGUCUUCGGACGGCCGUCUGGCUCGGAUCUCACGGAGGAACAGUUCACGAAUCUUCAGUUUACUGUUGACAAGCUGAAUGCUAUUCUCAAAGCCUAUGCAUCUUACAAACGUAAUUCGAACGUUGAAGAUGAUCUAAUUUGAAAUUAUUUCAGAGUAUUUUCCGGAUUAUGUUUGGGAGCCGGUUGAGAACCUGACCGAUGAGCAAAAGACUCAAAUAGUGCAGAUGGUCAAUGACUAUCACGCUGGAAAGUUCGAGCCGAAGAACUUCCAAGAGCUCCUGGCUGUCCUCCAGAAGAGCUAUCCAGCUAUUGCGAGCACCUAUGAGACUGUGUACAAUAAAUAUCAAGACCAGGUUGCCACUCUGGGACCGAAGGGCCAGGCUUUCGCCAAGGAUGUAGGUGGAAUCAACUGAGGCUUAAACUAAAUUUUGUAUUUAGAUGGAAGCGCAAACUUACGCCGACGCCUCUCCGGACCGUAUCGUCUGGGCUUGCCACAUUUUCAACGGAGCCAAGUCGGCAGUCUCGCAGGCCAAGGCCCUGCUUCAGGAUGAUUCCGAGGCCGAGAAGAUCGAGGCGGCGUUCCCAGAAGUGGUCAAGUUCAUGAACAGCAAGGAGUUCGAGGCCUACGCGAUCGUUGUGAACCAACUGCAGACGUUGGAUUGCGUGAAGGACCGCGCACAAGUGUUCAACACCAUCAAACUGUUCGACACACAAAGUGUCAUCACCACUAACUGA